AUGACGGGUGAUCGUGAACAAACCAGGGAGCCAAUUGCCAUCGUGGGAAGUGCCUGUCGCUUCCCUGGUGAUGCAACAAGCCCCUCGAAGCUAUGGGAUCUGCUCAAGGACCCCCGCGACGUCUUGACGGAGAUUCCUGAAAGUCGAUUUAGCACCAAGGCCUUCUACCACCCUGAUGGUUUGCACCAUGGCACGACGAACGUCCGACACUCCUACCUCUUAUCCGAUGACCACCGACUCUUCGACGCGCAGUUCUUCGGAACAAAGCCAGUCGAAGCAAACUCAAUUGAUCCGCAGCACAGGUUGCUGCUGGAGACCGUUUAUGAGGGCUUGGAAGCUGCUGGUAUCCCAAUGGAGGAUCUCCAAGGAUCCAACACGGCGGUUUAUGUUGGACUAAUGACAAACGACUAUGCAGACAUGCUAGGUCGAGAUGUUCAGAGCUUCCCUACCUACUUUGCCUCCGGAACUGCUCGCAGUAUCCUGUCCAACCGAGUCUCCUACUUCUUUGACUGGCGCGGCCCGUCUAUGACCAUUGACACAGCCUGCUCUUCCAGUUUGAUCGCACUACACCAGGCCGUGCAAAGCCUGCGAAGCGGAGAGAGCAAUGUCGCCAUUGCCGCUGGAACUAAUCUCCUUCUCGGACCCGAGCAGUACAUCGCAGAGAGCAAGUUGAAGAUGCUUUCUCCAACUGGGCGCUCGCGCAUGUGGGACAAGGAUGCUAAUGGAUACGCUCGUGGUGAUGGCAUUGCUGCUGUCAUUCUUAAGCCAUUGAGUGCUGCCCUGGCUGAUGGGGAUCAUAUUGAGUGUAUUGUUCGGGAAACCGGCGCCAACCAAGAUGGUCGCACUAAAGGAAUAACGAUGCCGAACCCCGUCGCUCAGGCGGAACUUAUCCGUACCACCUAUGCCCGAGCCGGACUCGAUCUUUCCAAGCCCAGUGAUCGACCGCAAUACUUCGAGGCUCACGGAACUGGUACUCCUGCCGGUGACCCAGUCGAGGCCGAGGCUAUCAGCACAGCCUUCUUUGGAAAUACAGCCAGCUAUCACCGCAAGAAUCGCCAGGAAGACCCUCUGUACGUGGGAUCCAUCAAGACUGUGAUCGGACACACCGAAGGAACAGCAGGCUUGGCAGCCAUUCUCAAGGCCUCACUAGCAUUGCAACAUGCAGUGAUCCCACCAAAUCUCUUGCUUAACGAGCUUAGUGUAACGGUGCGACCGUUCUACAACGACUUGGAGAUUGCCCAGGCUGCCAAGCAAUGGCCUCAACUCCCAGAGAAUACUCUCCGUCGUGCAAGUGUUAACAGCUUUGGUUUCGGUGGUGCCAAUGCUCAUGCCAUUCUGGAAGAAUACAAGCCACGACUGCUGGGUCUCGCAUCUGGUAAUGUCGACACGGCAAUUGUGUCCCCGUUCAACCUGUCUGCAUCUUCUGAGAAAUCGCUUCUUGCAAAUGUUGCUGCAUACUCAGCCUAUAUUAAGAGCAACCCUGGCAUAAACCUGCGUGACCUAUCAUGGACUCUGAACUGUCGCCGGUCUACUUUGCCGGUGAGGUUAUCUGUCUCCGCAUCAACCACCGAAGAGCUUGUUGCAAGGCUAGAUGACGCAGUGCAGACUUUCACUGGCAUUACAUUAAGCGCACAGACAGCGAAUAUCCGCGAGCCAAAGAUUCUUGGUGUAUUCACAGGCCAAGGUGCGCAAUGGGCUCGAAUGGGGGCGGAACUGCUUGAGAGUUCAUCAAUGGUGCGGGAAUGCCUUGGUCGUCUUGAUCGGUCACUACAGGAACUGCCCACGGAGCAUCGCCCCGACUGGUCCUUAAGCGAAGAGCUCCUCAAGGAUAAGAACUCAUCUCAAAUCGGAUCCGCAACCUUUUCACAGCCACUUUGCACAGCUGUUCAGAUUGUCCUAGUCCAGCUUCUCCACGCCGCUAACAUCAAGUUUAAGGCUGUUGUUGGUCACUCGUCUGGUGAGAUUGCCGCCGCCUAUGCAGCAGGGUAUCUUAACGAAGAAGAUGCUAUUCGAAUUGCGUACUACCGUGGUUGGUCUCUUCAGUACGCUAAUGACAAAGAAGAACAGAGGGGUGCUAUGAUGGCCGUGGGUACAUCGUUCGGUGAUGCCAAAGAGCUAUGCGAGAUGCCCUCAUUGGAAGGUCGAAUCUGUGUCGCAGCUAGCAACUCCUCCACUAGUGUCACGCUAUCUGGUGAUGCGGAUGCAAUUGAAGAGGCUCAGGAAAUACUCGAAGAUGAGAAGAAGUUUGCGCGACUGUUGAAGGUUGACAAGGCAUAUCACUCUCACCAUAUGCUGUCCUGUGCAGCACCCUAUAUCGCAGCGAUGCGCAAAUGUGGCAUUAGUAUCCAGCCUCGGCCUACUGGCAGCGCUACCUGGAUCUCCAGUGUGUAUGGUGAGAACAUCAACGAUGUCAAUGACAACCUGGCCGACACCUACUGGAGCAACAACAUGGUCAAUCCUGUGCUCUUCUCUCAAGCAGUAACCUACGCCGUUGGUGCUGCCGGACCAUUUGACAUGGCAUUGGAAGUUGGACCUCACCCAGCAUUGAAGGGACCCGCAAUGCAAACUAUCCAACAAAUGUCUGGCCAAACAUUACCCUAUACGGGAACAUUGAACCGUGGCAAGAAUGACCGAGAAGCAUUUGCAUCUGCUCUCGGCGCCUUGUGGGUGUCACUCGGAGAGAGCGUUGUUGACUUUGCCGGCUUCGAGAGCAAGGCGACACAGAACACUCGACAGCCGGCAUUGAUCACAGGUCUUCCAUCGUACUCGUGGGAUCACGACCGAGCCUACUGGCAUGAGUCUCGCUCUUCCACUGCAUUCCGCACUGGAGGUGAAUCAUUCCAUUCUAUCCUUGGUGUUAAAUGUCCGGACGGUAUUGAAAAGGAGCUACGCUGGCGCAACUAUCUUCAUCCCCGUGAAGUCUCCUGGUUGGCACAUCACCAAGUACAGGGCCAGAUGGUGUUCCCCGCGGCCGGGUACAUUUCAGCUGCGGUUGAAGCAGUCGCCCUAAAGUAUGGCCUGCAGUCCGUGAAGCUGAUUGAUUUCCAUGAUGUGAUCAUUGGCCAAGCAUUGGUCCUCGAAGAGAAUGGUGGAGUCGAGACUAUCUUCAGAUUAUCCAUCGAGGAAGUGCGCAGUGAUUCCGUGACAGCGUCGUUUGCCUGUUACUCCAGCGCCAACAAGGGAUCAUCCAACAUGUCACUUCACGCAUCUGCCUCACUGCAGAUUAUUCUGGGCGAGCCGAAACAUGAUACUCUACCCCCUCGGCCAGAAAUCCAUGGUACCUUCCUUGAAUUGGAAAUCGACCGGUUCUACAACACCGUUUCAGAACUUGGCUUUGGCUAUACAGGCCCUUUCCAGGCCCUUACCGGUCUAAGCAGGAAGAUGGACGAGGCCACAGGUCUCAUCGCUGUCCCCGAAGUAGAUGAUCACGAGCGACCAUUGAUAAUCCAUCCGGGCUCGCUUGAUGGUGCCAUCCAGUCAAUCAUGUUGGCUUAUUGCUUCCCCGGAGACGGUCGCCUUCGCACACUCUACCUGCCUACUCGAAUUGACAGGCUUCGUCUGAACCCUUGGGCUUGUGCUGCCCUUGCUGCCCCUGGGGCGGAUCUGCCCUUCUACUCUGCUGUCACGGAUGCUCAGUUUUCUGAGCUUUCUGGUGAUGUUGAUAUCUUCUCUGCGGAUGGAAAACAUACAUUGGUUCAACUUGAAGGGUUGCACACCACUCCGCUCAGUCCACUGACGUCUGCCAAUGACGUGCCAUUCUUCACGCAGGUGACUUGGGAUGUUGAUGGGCCAACUGGGCCGAAAGCUAUUACGGAAUUGACAGGGCAAGACCAUGCUCUCGGAUUGGAUCUGGAGCGCAUUGCUCACUUCUACUUCAAGAAGUUGGAUAGCUCCAUUCAAAAGUCUGAGCGCGCGAAAGCUGCCCGGAGCCACGUUCAUCUUUUGUCCUACGCUGAACAUUGCGUCGCUUCGGUUGCUUCUGGGACUCACAAGCUUGCGAAGGCUGAAUGGGCUAACGAUACAGCUGACACCAUUACUGCUAUUAUGGAACGUCACACUGAGAAUAUCGAUAUCAAGGCUCUCUCGGCAAUUGGCGAGAAUCUUCCUGCUGUCAUUCGCGGAGAAAGUAACCUGCUUGAAAUCCUUACGCAAGAUAACAUGCUUAGUAGCUUCUAUGCCAACACACUUGGAAUUGAUUUCUACCUUGAAGAGAUUGCUCGCAUGGCUCACCAGAUCAGCCACCGGUAUCCUCAUCUGAACGUGUUGGAGAUUGGUGCUGGCGCUGGCGCCACUACCGAGAGAGUUCUGUCCGCAUUGGGCUCGGCUUUCACGUCUUACACAUACUCCGAUAUCAUUGAUAGCCAGUUCGAUGAUGUCCGUGAGAAGCUCUCCGAGUACCAAUCUAAGAUGGCAUUCAAGGUUCUGGAUAUUGAGACAGACAUUACGGAACAGAAGUAUGAAGAGGAAUGCUUCGACUUGGUGAUUGCUUCUCUGGCUCUUUACACUACGAAAAAUCUCGAGGCUACCCUUACCAAUGUCCGUCGUCUGAUCAAACCUGGUGGUUAUCUGAUCAUGAUGGAGAUCACAAACCCCGAUGUCAUGCGUUUCGGCCUUAUCCUUGGGGGCCUACCUGGCUGGUGGUUGGGCCACGAGGAAGGCCGAACGCUUUCUCCUUGUGUCCCUGAGAGUAAAUGGGAUGACCUGAUGCGAAAGACCAAGUUCUCUGGAUUGCAAGCUCUCGCGCCAUCUUCUUCAAUCUCUCUUUUGCCCUUUUCCGUUAUGGUCACACAGGCAGUCGACCACCGCAUCAACUUCCUCCGUGAUCCAUUGGCCCACAUCCACCAACCGCUUGGUGUUGACUCAUUGACUAUUAUCGGAGGCAAGUCACCGUUGACUGCAGCCAUGGCCGCCGAGAUUAAGACCGCAGUCAGCCGUCACUACAGCAACAUCCAAACGGCUAAUUCCCUCGGCGAUGUUGUCUCGGCAGACUUGCCAGUCAUGGGAACAGUCAUCAGCUUGAUAGAACUCGAUGACCCAAUUCUGAAGAACAUGGCUUCUGAGGACCUGACUUCCUUCCAGGAACUGUUCAAACGGAGUAAAAAUGUCCUCUGGCUGGGUCAUGGAGCUCAAGGCGACAACCCCUAUGGCAACAUGUUUACUGGUGUCCAGCGCACACUACUCAUGGAGAUGACCCACUUGCACGUCCAUUUCCUGAACCUUUAUUCCUUGCGUGAAGCAGAUGCGAGGACCAUCGCAACAAAGCUCCUUCAUCUCGAGGUUGCCGAGAUUUGGGAUCAGAGUGGUCAGCUUGAUGGGAUCCUGUGGUCCAACGAGCGAGAGAUUGCAUUGAAGAAUGGAAAGCUCCAGGUUCCUCGUUUCCGUCUCAACUCUCGCCGAAAUGACCGAUACAACUCUUCGAGGCGACUUAUCAUCAAGGAGGUGGAACGUGCCAAGUCAAUCGUCACUAUCCAGCAAUCGGACUUGGGAUAUCAAAUCGAAGAAAAGGAUAUUCGCUCAUCUCUUUCCUUCCCCGAUGGUGUUGAAAUUCAUGUUACCCACUCCCUGCUUCGCGCUGUCCGCAUCACCGAGGCAAAAAGCCUGUUCUUGGUUGCUGGAAAGAACACUCGCAGCAAUGAGCGCGUCGUUGCUCUGUCGCAUACUCUGGAAUCUCAAGUCCAUGUGCCGCAUAGCCUGGCUAUUCGUUGUGGAAAUUCUGAAGAGCAAGCCAUUCGUUCUAUGCUCACUCUCUAUCUGCACUUCCUGUCUCUCUCCAUGCUGCACAAACUGCAACCUGGGGCGGCCUUGGCAGUUCUGGAUCUGGACUUCUCUUUGUCUCCAGUUUUGACAAAGCACGCCAAUGAGAAGGGUGUGCAGCUCGUCCUUCUCACCACGAAGCAAGGUCCUUGUUCUUGGCCAUGGAUUCAAGUCCACCCGAACACCACCCAACGUGAACUGAUGACUAAGAUACCUAAAAACAUCGCGAAACUUGUUACGAUGGGAAGGAACGACGAUGUUAUUUCUGUCCUCAAGUCAUGCCUGCCAGCCAUCUAUCCAUUCGAGAAUGAGACAACCCUCACUGCGACCUCCUGCCAAUCCCAAUUCAUUUCCGACACGGGUCCGCUAUCCAUGCAACUCCAGAAUGUCUGGAUGAGAGCACAGUAUGACCUGAUACCGAUUAAUCUGUACAGGUUCGCAUCUUUGACUCUAGAGGAUCUCAUCCGAAGUCAUGACCCACUGGCUGAGCAGUCUAUCAUUGCCUGGGGGGAAUCAAAACUUGCCGUUCAGGUACGCCCGGCCACCAAGCAGGUCAAGUUCUCCAAGGAUAAAACGUACUGGCUGGUUGGACUCACGGGUGGACUUGGUCUGUCUCUGUGUCAGUGGAUGGCCAGGCAGGGUGCACGUUAUAUCGCACUCUCCAGUCGUAGCCCCAAGAUUGAUGACCAGUGGUUAAGGAAAAUGGCUGCGGCCGGUUGCAAUGUUCGCGUCUUUUCCAUUGAUAUCACAAACCGUGAAUCUGUCCAGUCCGGAUACCGUCAGAUCUAUGAUAGCAUGCCUCCUGUCGCUGGUGUUGCUCAAGGUGCCAUGGUCCUUCAAGACACGAUGUUCAUUGACCUAGAUCUUCCCCGUCUGGACAAAGUCCUCCGCCCCAAGGUCGACGGUAGCAUCCUGCUCGAUGAGCUCUUCCCAGAAGACACCCUGGAAUUCAUGGUCUUCUUCUCAUCAAUGGCUGCUAUGACAGGAAACCCGGGACAGGUCGCCUACAACGCCGCCAAUAUGUUCAUGGCAAGUCUAGCUGCACAACGUCGAAAGCGUGGCUUGGCAGGACAUGCAAUAAACAUUGGUGCUAUUGUCGGCAAUGGCUACGUGACGCGAGAACUGAACAUGGGCCAACAAUCAUACCUCUACCGAGUUGGUCAUUCUUGGAUGUCUGAGCAAGACUUCCACGAGGUCUUUGCUGAGGGUGUUCUGACCUGUUUGGAACGUGAUGAUGCUGCUGAGUUGUGCUGCGGUCUCAGAAUUGAUGAUGAUGAGUCGAAGAGUUGGGUAUCUAACCCCAUGUUCCAGCAUUUGGUCUUCAAGUCGAGCAGUCUUGUUAUUUCUGAUAAAAAGGGAAAGUCUGGAAUGUUGAUCAAGACGCGCCUGUUUGAGGCGACAUCUAUGCAGGAAGUGAUGGAGAUCUUGAUAGAUGGCUUUGUCUUGAAGCUACAAUCUGCUCUUCAAGCUGAUCCAUCGAAGCCUGUGUUGGACAUGAGCCCAGAUGAACUUGGUGUUGACUCAUUAGUCGCCGUUGACCUUCGUUCAUGGUUCCUAAAGGAAUUGGGAGUCGACAUGCCAGUGCUGAAGAUCUUCAAUGCGGCAUCGAUUCGAGAGCUGCUUGCUACGGCCGCGGAAGUUCUUCCGGAAACGCUCAUUCCGAAUCUCUCCAACAGUGAUCAACCUUCAAUGGCUCCAGCACACCAGCCUGCUCCUGUCGUCCCCACCACCAACAUUACCAGUGACGCUUCCGAGGAGCUUACAUCACAUACGAACGAGACUCUUGAAGCCUUCAAGUUCGCAAUUCCGGACGCGGCGAACACCUAUAGUGGCAGCUCAACGGCUUCCUUGAACACCGGCGACUCGAAUUCCGAAGAGAAUGCAGACACCUCUUCCUCAUUUUACACUGAUGACGCUGAGAUCGUAUCUCGCAGUCGCGAAGUUCUAAGGACCGCCUCGAUGUCUUACGGGCAGUCACGUUUUUGGUUUCUGAAUCAUCUAGUUGAAAACAAAACCGCUUUUAAUAUCACCCCAACAUUCGAAUUGACCGGUCACUUGAAAGUGGAUGAUUUUGCUAGGGCUAUUGAGACUGCUGGCCAGCACCAUGAGGCCUUGCGUACAUUCUUUUUCACUAAUAAUGAGCGAAACCAUAUGCAAGGUGUUUGGGGCAAGUCCAACUUGCGCCUUGAACGUGUUCCUAUCUCCGACGAAAAGGAAGUUGCAGAAGCUUCCAAGCAGAUGAAGGCCCACAAAUUCGAUCUUGCCAACGGGGAGAUAAUGCGUGUCCAAAUUCUUUUGCUAAAUCCAGAAAGGCACUGGAUAAUCUUUGGUUUCCACCAUAUCAACAUGGAUGGUAUCAGCUUCGAGGUCUUUUGGUCCGACGUGGAGAAAGCUUAUCGGGGCAUCCCUCUCUCACAAGAUGGCAUUCAGUACCCAGAUUUUACCAUGAGACAAAUUCGCGAAUAUGAAGAGGGUGAAUGGGCUGAUGAUCUGGCUUACUGGCGGACACAGUUCGCCGAUAUACCACCAGCGAUGCCCCUGCUUCCAUUCGCCUUGCAAUCUGUCCGCCCCAAGGUUGCCCAGUUUGGCUCGCAUAGGGCUCAAAUGCGUCUCGAUGCCAAUACCUCUGAGGCGAUUGAACGAUGCUGUCGAAUGUUCAAGGCUACACCUUUCCAUUUCCACCUGGCAGUCUGGCAGAUCCUACUCUUGCGCUUCUUCGAUUCCGAGAAUAUUUGCAUUGGUCUCGGUGAUGGAAACCGCACUGAGGCUGAUAUUAUCCGAAGUGUUGGAUUGUACUUGAACCUUCUCCCAGUCAAAUUUUCACGGCACCCAGGUCAAUCAUUUGGAGAGUCUCUCAAGGACGUUCGGAAUAUCACACAGGGCGCAUAUGCUCACUCGCGUGUGCCAUUUGAUGUGAUUCUAACAGAACUUGGAGUUCCACGGUCCGCCUCUCACAAUCCUCUUUGCCAGGCUAUGUUCAACUACCGCCCCAAAAUCGAGCAGAGCAGAAGCUUCUGCGGAUGCAUUGCCUAUGGUGCACUUUUGGGUGGUGGCGAAACCUCAUUUGAUCUCAGUCUCGAUGUUGGCAACGUUGGCGCUGGCGAGACUCUCGUUCACCUGUGUGUUCAGGAGAGUCUCUACGAAAUGGAUCAUGCCGAGAUUCUACUUCGGUCCUACUCAAAUCUAGUUCGAUCAUUUUUGCAGAACCCAGCAACCCGAGUGACCUGGCCGGCUUUGUAUUCAAAGGACGAUGUUCAGAAAGCAGUGACUCUGGGACGAGGGCCUGAGCUUCGAGAAGAAUGGUCAGCUACCAUCGUUCACCGGUUAGAUGAAAUCGCUAGCCUCUAUCCCAACCACGUCGCUCUGAAGGAUCAUGACGGAACUUCACUCACGUACACCCACGUCCAGUGUCGGAUCAAUGUCAUUGCCAAUGAGCUCCUCAGCAACGGAGUCGGACACGACAUCCGUGUUGCGGUUUUUCAAUCGCCAAGUGCAGACUGGAUUUGCUCUCUCAUGGCCAUUCUCCGUGUGGGCGCUUCCUACGUUCCACUUGAUAAGAAGGUCGGCAUGGGAAGACUUGCAAUGAUCAUGAAAGAAACCAGUGCCUCUGUCGUUCUCCUUGAUACCACCACUAUCUCGGACUUUGGCCUCUUGCACACAAAUGCCGAGCCGAUUGAUGUGCGUAGUUUGCGCGGCUCUACUGCAAGCCCUGUCUCCAACAUGGCCAUGCCGGAUCAGACAGCAGUCAUCAUGUAUACCAGUGGAUCGACUGGGGUACCCAAAGGCCUCAUGGUCUCCCACUCAGCAUAUAUCCACCACGUCCAAGCAUCUAGCGCAAAGUGGAAUGUCAAGCAAGGAGACGAGACGAUCUUGCAUCAGUCAUCCUACGCAUGGGAUGCAUCUCUCUGGCAAAUCAUGGUCUCGCUCUGCAAUUGUGCAACUCUUGUGAUCGCAUCCAGUCAGGCAAGAGGUGAUCCAGUUGCUCUCACCAAGCUUAUCUCAUCUGAGAAGGUGACUCUCACACUUGCAACUCCGACGGAGUAUCUCGCUUGGAUGCAGCACGGUCGCUCCAACCUGAAUAACUCCUCCUUGAGAACCGCUAUCUCUGGCGGUGAAUUUGUGUCCAGUGGCCUGAUUGAGGAGUUCAAAGCGCUCCAACGACCUGGUUUGAAAUUGAUCAAUGGCUAUGGGCCCGCGGAGAUUGCCAUCGCCUGCUCUGGUACUGAUAUCCCGCUCGAUUCAACUGCCGUCUUUUUUGAGCAAGCGCUCUUUACCUUGCCAAACUAUUCUGUUUACAUUGUUGACCAAAGCUCCGACCCUCUCCCAAUCGGGGUACCUGGUGAAGUGGUCAUCGGGGGCGCGGGAGUUGCUCAGGGAUAUUUCAACAGUGCGAAUACCACUGACCGCUUCGCAACUGAUCAAUAUGCCAGCAGAUUCUUCAAGGAGAAGAAGUGGACUACUAUUCACCGAACUGGAGAUCGCGGCAAGCUCACCGCGAAUGGUGGACUAGUCCUCCUGGGGCGUAUGGAUGGUGAUAAUCAAGUCAAGCUGAGGGGCAUGCGAAUCAAUGUCGAGGAGAUCGAGAGGGCAAUCGUCAACUCAUCCGCUGGAGUCAUUGCUCAAGCUGUGGUAUCUGUGCGCUCUGAUGACAGCCACAGCUCGGACAAAUUUCUUGUUGCCUUUGCUGUGAUGACGACCACUGACAACACCGAGACUACCCUUCCAUUCCUCCAACGCCUUGCUCGGGAGCUCCCAUUGCCACAGCAUAUGCGACCUGCUGCUAUCAUUCCCAUUGAGACCAUUCCUCAGAACACCUCUGGCAAGACCGAUCGCGCCGCAGUCACCUUACUUCCCAUUCCAUCGAUUGCAUCUCAGCUGGCGAAGGAUGACACUCUCACGGCCUCUGAGCAAUCACUGCGCCAGCUUUGGCAACAGGCGCUUCCACGAGAGGUUGCCAAUUAUCACUCAAUUGAUGCCAAUUCCGACUUCUUUCACGUUGGUGGAAGCUCUCUCGCCCUUGUUGAUUUGCAAGCUCUGAUCAAAGAUCAAUUGGGAGUACCCAUGGCUCUUUAUCAGCUUUUCGAAUCCAGCACACUGCGCGCCAUGGCUGCAGCUAUUGAAGAUCUAAACCCCCCUGCCAACAAAGUUGAUAUCGAUUCUAAUCUCGCACUGUCUCUAAACGGCAAUGGCACCCACAUUAUUCCUUCUGGUGUUAGAGUUGUUGUGCUCACCGGUGCUACUGGAUUCCUUGGAAAUGAGAUUCUCCGGUUGCUCUUGAAUGACAGCGAUGUUGUCUCUAUCCAUUGUCUUGCUGUGAGAAAGGAAUCCUCCGAACUCUCAGAAGUCUUCUCCCACCCGAAGGUUCACUUGCACAAGGGCAACCUGGGGGCUCCUCGGCUGGGACUCUCAAGCUCGGAAGCCAGCUCGAUCUUUUCUUGUGCAGACAUCGUGAUCCACAAUGGUGCGGAUGUCUCCUUCAUGAAGAGCUAUCAGACCCUGAAACUUAUUAACGUGGCAUCCACAAAGGAGCUCGUCAAGCUUGCCCUACCUCGACGCAUCCCAUUUCACCUUGUCUCCACAGCAGGUGUCGCUCGUCUUGCCGGUGAAGACAGCUUUGGUGAAUCUUCCGUGGCUUCGUUCCCUCCCCCAUCACCUCCAAACGAUGGAUACAUUGCCGCGAAAUGGGUUAGUGAGGUAUAUCUGGAGAACGUCCACAGACAAUUUGGUCUUCCUGUCUGGAUUCAUCGUCCAUCCAGUAUCACCGGCACUGAUGCACCAGAGCUUGACCUGAUGGGGAAUGUCAUGCAAUACAUCAAGGAAACCCGUAAAGUGCCGGACUCAAGCUCCUGGUCUGGAGUCUUUGACCUCAUUUCUGUUGAGUCUGUUGCAAGUCAACUUCUCGAGGCCGUUCACCAAUCUGGUAUCGGUCACUCACAUGCACCCAAAUAUUUGUAUGAGUCGGGUGAGAUGCAACUUAGACAGGAAGACAUUAUGCCUCUGAUGGAGUUGGGAACUGGUGAGGAAUUCCAGACCAUUCCUAUAGACGAGUGGGUGUCUGCAGCCGAGCAAGCAGGAAUGAGUCGAUUGCUGGUGGCGUAUUUGCGCGGGGCCGCUGAUGGACAGGUGCUUCUUCCCAAGUUGGUGAAGAGCACAGAUUUUACUAAGAGUGGUUGA